AUGUCUUCCCCGCCGCUGCCAGCGCAUCACACAAAGCAUAUUCCAUUGCUCGAUUAUCCUUUCCUGGGCCGUCGUUUCGCUCUGCGACAGCUUGACGACGGCAAGGCGAAUGGAACUGCGCUGUGGCUGGGCGCGCAGUGCAUGUCACUCUAUCUUGCGGAUAUCUCCACGAAACUCCAGCACUCUGGUAGAUCCGAGUCGAAAAGGCGUCCCAGAGCCGUUGAAUUGGGGAGCGGGAUAGGGCUGACGGCCCUGGCGCUAUCAUCUCUGGGCUGGGAUGUCCUUGCCACUGACGUCUCCAACGUUAUCGCCGCUGUCCUCAGGGAGAACAUCUCCACGAAUGCCGCUGUCAUGACCGGUGAUCCUGGCUUGAUUGAAGUUCGUGAGCUGGAUUGGACUGUUCCGCCGUCGGACUGGACUUGGGCGGAUCACGAAAGCAUAACAUCUCCCUCGCAGACGUGCCUUACGGAGAGCUCUGAACUACUUCGGCCGCCAUUUGACCUAAUCGUCACGUCGGAUACUCUGUACACAGAAUCCCUGUGCACGCCGCUUCUCCGCUCACUCCAUGCACUCUCUGCUCAAUCAGUCCAGUCGACAUCGAAGGGCUCUCGCAGUCCGCCGGUAUAUAUCUGUGUUGAACGUCGCGACCCUGCUCUUAUAAACCGAGCACUAUCUGAGGCAAAGGAUACAUGGGGUUUCGUUGUCGAGCGUGUUCCACAGAAGAAACUCACGAAGAGCAUGGAGAAAGGCGCACUGGUGUGGACUAAGGACGACUGGGAUGGCGUGGAGAUCUGGCGGAUGACAUUGGGUUAGACGGUUAUUCUAUGUGAGCUCGCUCUAUUCGCCAUUGCCACAAAUAUACCUCGGCCGGACCUCGGACUUCUGCCUCUGUCAUAGGUAUACUGUUCCACAUCUACAUUAUUGCAUUCGACACUUAACUUGCC